AUGGAUGACAUGCUCAAAUCUGCAGAUACGACUGAAAAAACGUACGAUAGAAAUGCUGACAAAGCAGAGCUCCACGAUCCACUGCCUGCUACCUCAAAGUUGCCCGUUACACGUGAUUCCACUGCAGACCUUACAGAAUCUUUGAUUGAAGUCAAUAGUUUUUCAGAGCAGAUCUCCACUGAGGACACUGAAUUAUCUUCAGUGGACCUCUCUGCGAAUGUCUUCUCCCAUAGAACAGUAGGUACGGUGACCUGUGAGUUCUUUAUGCAAAAUAUACCAAAGUCAGGAGUGACCAGAGCAGUAUCUAUCUGCAGUCCACAAUCUGUGGAAAAGGAGCAGCCAAAACCUCGCAGCGCCUUGCUGCCGUCCUCUCUGGAGGCCAGCACAGUCCAUGAAUUGAACCAUCCACCCAAAGCAAAGUGCAAGAGCCAAGAAAGCCUUAAAACCACUUCUGCUCACACUGACCCAGGAGCAGAGGACCUUUGUGCUGCAAUCCUCAUGGCUUGUCUUUUCUGCCACCCCCUGGACUGCAUCCUGUCUACGCUGAGGGGGGUUAACGGGUGCGCCUGGUGGCUGUGCUCGUCCUUCUACGACUGCGAGCCUCUCCUGGGGGUGAUGCACCACUGCAACCUCUGCGGGUGUCUGGGUGUUUCUCGCUGCUUCCAGAGCGACUGUUCGCUGUGCGACUUGUGCCUCCACGCUACAGAAUGCCUGGACCUCGCUAUGGAAAUCUCUCAGAUGCUUUACCACUGA